AUGGAGCACCACAGGCUGAAGGGACUGUGCGAGAAGGACCCUCAAGAGGUUCUCCUAACAUUAGUAGCGGGCACUAGCGGAUGUAAGGAACUGUUGGAGGAGACCACCAUCUCAGAUGACCGGGUGGCGUUACUACUCCGUGUUCUCGCACGAGCGUGCGACUGUUCUUCAUCUCCUGCAAACACCGUGAAGCUGAUGGUGAUGGUGUGUAACUCCGAAUUCCUGGCGCGGACUCUAAAGACGUACUUCGCCAAACUUCCGGCAGUCAACGUCAACCGUCAGGAGUUUAGGGAACCGAUGAAACAUGCGCUGAGGCUGUUCCGUGAGCUCCUCGACAGGAAUCCUAGUUCUGUCACGCAGGUUUAUGUACCAUUGGCUGUUUUGGGGACCACCGUGAAACUUCUCGCGGAUCAGGGGCCUGAUGUCGAAGACGACAUUGUGGCAGCUUUCAACGAGGUAGAGUCGCGCAAAGACGCCAUCUUGGAAAACAUGCGCCAAGGUAACGUUUCAAAUGACCAAGCCACCCCCGAGGAGAUGCCUCCGGAUGACUUUAGACGGCUGACUAUCAUCCCAACUUACGAAGACAUCCACACCGACAAGGAGCCGUUUCUCCGCCCCAAUAUCGUCCGCGGCCGCUACCCAGACGUGGACACGUAUCUGGACGUCCAGUUCAGGUUGUUACGAGAGGAUUUCAUCAGGCCACUACGAGAAGGUAUCGCCGAGUUCCUGGACAUGCGCCGGCGUGGAUUGGACCAGGCCAGGCUGCAAGACAUUCGUGUCUACCAUGACGUUCACGUUGUCUACCCCACCUACUCCACAAAUGGCAUCGUCUACCGGAUACAGUUCGACAGCAGCAGGCUCAAAGGGGUGAAAUGGGGGGCUUCUAAGCAACUGAUCUAUGGAUCUCUCGUCUGCCUGUCCAAAGACGAGUUUAUGACCAUGCACUUUGCCAUGGUCGUAAACCGUGACCCGAAAGAGCUUGAACAGGGUUGGGUGGAUGUUCGAUUCGAAGAUGAGACUUUGGAUGUAUUAGCCAUCCGCCCCACCGACACCUUCAUCAUGGUGGAGACGUCCGCCUACUUCGAAGCCUACCGACACGUUCUGAAAGGUCUCCAAGAAGUUCGGAAGUACUCGAUGCCGUUCAUCAAGUACAUCGUGGACUGCGACUGUGCCAACGGCGUAGACCCGCCGGCUUAUCUUCGGGGUCGGGGUAGGUUCGGGGAUGUCACGUAUGACCUGUCCGUUGUUGUUGAAAAGUUUCACAGCAGACGAUAUCUGCAGGUAAGGGAAGUUCCAGUCCUACAGGAUGACCUCUGGCCGUCAGCUGAAGAUCUGGGGUUUGACGAGUCGCAGUAUCGUGCCUUCAAGCUGGGGCUGACUAAAGAAUUCGCCGUCAUCCAAGGUCCGCCAGGAACCGGGAAGACCCACAUUGGGCUCAAGAUUAUCCAGGUUCUACUGAGAAACAGUUCUGCAUGGGGAGGACCUCCACCUACAGGCGGUUUCUCAUUGAUGAGAGGAUGGACCAGGCCCAUCCUUGUGGUUUGUUACACAAAUCAUGCCCUUGACCAGUUUCUCGAAGGUAUAGCAGAGUCUUACCCUGAGGGUAUCGUAAGAGUGGGAGGGCGAAGCAAGAGUGAGAAACUGGAACGCUUCAAGCUGAAGAAUAUCAGACAAAGAGUACGCGACGAAAAAUCGGUUCCAGAGUACAUUUAUCAUGGGGCUUCCGAUGAAAGACGAGACAAGAAACGCCUUCAGGGACAGAUGGAUGGGUAUCUAGAUCAGUUGAAGGCAACACAAAAAGGACUCCUACACGAAAACACCCUUAUUGACUCGGACUUAAUGGACCAACGCCUCAGGACAAGCUUGAUGCAAGGAUGGUCUGAGGCAAAUAAGGACGAGUGGAGGACUGAUGGAAAGAAAGGAGGAUCUGCCAUAGAAGACUGGCUCGGUCUUGGAGGUCACGUCCUGCCUGACCAAGCAGAUGACGAAGAAGAAGACGACAAGAUAGACUUCAUGGAAGAUCCAGAAGAAAAGAGGCGGAUUCUCGACGAUGAUGAAGUGCUGGACGGUCGUGGGGAAAAAGGGAAGCAAACGAGGAAAACUGUGAGCACAGACUUAGAUCCGGACCUUGAGAAUAUGCACAACGAAGAGCAACAGGCAGAGGAUAGGGGAGGAUGGCAGGUUCAAGUCAAUAAGAAGAAGAGAAGAAAAACGAUAACGUACCAGCUCAGCAAGACAGAGAUGAUGACCCACGGAGAAGCUCGACAAGUCCAAAACGUCUGGAAGCUGCAACCAAGGGACCGAUGGCGCCUUUAUCGGUACUGGGUUGCCAACUACUGUGAAUUACGCAAAAGAUCUAUUUCAGGUUAUGCAAAUGAAUACGAGUAUGUUGCUCGACUUCUCAAAGAGUUUAGAGACGAGGAAGAUCGCAGAAUCAUGGAGAAGGCAACUGUCAUUGGAAUGACCACCACUGGUGCGGCCAAGUACCGCUCAAUCCUGCAAGCCAUUCAACCUGCUAUCAUCAUUGUAGAGGAGGCAGCAGAGGUUCUGGAGGCCCACAUCGUCACAACGCUCUCCCAGCAGUGCCAACAUCUCAUCCUCAUCGGGGAUCACCAACAGCUCCGUCCCAACCCAACCGUCUACCAACUGGCCAAGAAAUACAACAUGGACAUCUCCCUGUUUGAGCGCAUGGUGAACAAUGACAUGCAGUGUGUGCGGCUGAAGUUGCAACAUCGCAUGCGGCCAGAGUUCGCCCGGCUCCUGACGCCGCACAUCUACGAGUCGCUGGACAACGACGAAUCGGUGCUCAACUACGAGCAUAUCAAAGGAGUCUCUUCCAACUUGUUCUUUGUAGAGCACAGUCAUCUGGAAGUGCAAGACAAUGAAAUGAGGAGCCACUCCAACAUGCACGAGGCGCAAUUCCUCGCCAGCUUCUGCCGCUACCUGCUUCAGCAAGGGUACAGCCCGUCCCAGAUCACCAUCCUCACCACGUACUCGGGACAACACUUCAACAUCGAGAAGGUCAUGAAGUCGAAUAAUUGCGAGGGUGUGCGCGUCUGCACCGUGGACAACUUCCAAGGAGAAGAGAACGACAUCAUCCUGCUGUCUCUGGUGAGGAGCAAUGAUGAGGGCAACGUGGGCUUCCUGAAGGUGGAGAAUCGUGUUUGUGUUGCUCUCUCACGGGCGAAGAAAGGCUUCUACGCCAUAGGCAACCUGACAAUGCUGGCAAAGACGAGCACACUAUGGACCAAGAUUAUCCAGGAACUCCGAGAGCAAGGCAGUGUGGGUACUAACCUAAAGUUGAGCUGCCAAAAUCACCCGGACAGCGAGAUUCUCGCCACAACCGACGACGACUUUAAGAAGGCACCGGAGGGUGGGUGUAUGCGGCCAUGUGGCAUUAGGCUACAGUGUGGACACGUGUGUGAAAGGCGCUGCCACCCAACUGACCCGGAACAUGAGGAGUACAAGUGCCAAAAGCCUUGUGUCAAAGUCCUUUGUGACCUCGGACACAAAUGCCCAAAGCUCUGCUACGAGUACUGUGGUAACUGUGAAGUACUGGUCGAAAAGACCAUUCCGAGAUGCCAACACAAGCAGAUGAUACCGUGCUUUGUGCAACCCAGCUUAUUCCAGUGCGAAGAGCCGUGUGUCAAAGUCCUUUGUUAUCUCGGGCACAAAUGCCCAAAGCUCUGCUACGAGGAUUGUGGUAAAUGUAAAGAACCAGUCGUAAAGACCUUCCCCAAAUGCCAACACAAGCAGAUGAUGCCGUGCUAUCAGCGACUCAGUGAAUUCCGGUGCAAAGAACCUUGUGCCAAAGUUGUUUGUGACCUCGGGCAUAAAUGUCCACUGCUCUGCUUCGAGUACUGUCGUGGUAGUAAAUGUGAAGUGCUCGUCGAAAAGACUAUUCCCAGAUGUCAACACAAGCAGAUGGUGCCUUGCUAUGAGAAGGCCAGCUCAUUCCAGUGUCAGAUGCCGUGUGAGAGAAAACUUUCUUGUGGACACAUUUGCAAGAAAAAGUGCGGCCAGACUUGCACCUGCACGGAGAUCUUAACAUACCAUCUGAGUUGUGGCCAUGCCGUUCAGGUUGUGUGCAGAGCCACAGAUGACAACCUGGUCUGCAGAGCCCAGUGCUGUCAGCUGCUACAGUGCGGUCACCUUUGUGCCGGCACAUGCGAUAGUUGCGACGAAGGGAGGACGCACGAGCCCUGCAGAAAACCAUGUAAUCGCGUGCUCGUCUGCUCACACCAGUGCUCGGGACAAUGCGCAGAGAAAUGUCCCCCGUGUCAAAAGCGUUGCGAGAACCGCUGCAUCCACGGACGCUGCCCAAACCUAUGCGGGGAGCCGUGCGUACCCUGCCAGAAGCCUUGUGAGUGGAGAUGCAGACAUCACAGAUGUUCCAAGCCCUGUGGUGAACCUUGCGAUCGUCCUCGAUGCGAUCAGCCCUGCCCAAAGAAGCGUCCCUGUAGAGUGUGUCGGAAAUACCAUCAGUGCAUCGGCAUGUGUGGGGAGCCAUGCCCAGACAAGUGCUACGUGUGUGAUCGUGAAGAGUUGGAAGAGAUCGUCUUCGGAACAGAAGAAGAAGAAGACUCCUUCGACCUAAAGAGCCUCUUCGGAACCGAGGAUGAACCCGACGCCCAGUUCGUGCGGCUGGAGGACUGCGGUCACGUGCUGGAGGUUAGCGGCAUGGACCAGUGGAUGGACCAGGGGACGGACGAAAACAUUAAAACCUGCCCGAAAUGCAAUACGCCGAUACGGCACAACCUGCGCUACGGGAACAUCAUCAACAAGACGCGUGCACCGGCAAUGAUUGACGAGAGGGUGGAGAAGAAAGGGUCCAGCGAAGUCGAUCAAAAGGCACGGACAAUUCUAGCGGUCACUACCGAGAGGCUCGUGAGAGAGUUUGAAGUCGACGCAGAUCUGGACUCGUAUUUCCCUGAGACAUCGGCGCAUAUCUCUCAGCAAAUAGCAAAAUGCCGUCCGCUCUCAAUGGAGCAGGUGACAAUGUACGAAAACAAGUUUCUCUUCCUGAAGAGACUUGCCAAAAUUGAGAAAGGGACUCGCCGAGAACUUUCUGAUCUUGGAAACAGGAGCCAUGUUAGAGAAAUGGACGCGAAGAUAGCAACUAUGGAAAAGUGGCUGUUUCGCCGAACGGGCCAUGUGAAUGAAUUGGAGUGGAAGAAGGUUGGACGAAAGAUGACCCGGCUGAACUUCCUCCUGAAGCUCCGCGUGCUGCAGGGGCAGAUCCGGAAGAAGGGAAUCAGCUUGGACGAUGUGGCCAUGAAGAGCUUCGUCAGUGCGGAGCAAACUCUGACCUCCGAUGACGCUUUCGAUGAGAACGCAGAGGAACUGGUCAAACAGGCCAUAGAGAAGGUCAAGCAGCUGACACCAGGGUUGACGGGGGCUGUGCUAGGCAUCUCCGGUGAGGAGCGAGUUCAUGUGGUCCAGGCUAUGGGACUGACACAGGGGCACUGGGUCAUGUGUUCCAACGGCCAUGUGUUAUCAGUCGGGGACUAUGGAGGAGAUACUGUGGAAAUAGCAUGCCCGGAGUGCCGGUGCUAGAACCAUCGGA